AUGCGAGCGCCCGAAGGCCUGCGGGCACCCACAGGUCGCUCACAAUUGCCAUCAAGACGACGAAGACUGCCCGAAAUGCCCCUUUCUCGUCAUCAAGCCAUGCUUGUGCGGGAAGAACCAGCUCAAGAACCAACCCUGUUGGCUAGCGGAGCCGCGGUGUGGAGAGAUCUGCGGCAAAAAGCUGAAGUGUGGCUUGUGGCAAGGAAAAGCUCUGCUGUGGCCAUCCUUGCUCGAACCAGUGCCAUUCGCCUUAUGCUUGUGACGAGAGCAAACCCUCACAACAAGCAAGAAGCGAAGUGCUUGGCCACCAAGGACGGUGAAGGAAGUCUGAAGAAGACGCUGAAGUGCGACGACGAAUGCGCGAGGCUUGAGCGCAAUCGCAAGCUCGCCUUGGCUCUUAAUGUGGACUCUGAAGCUCAUAAGGAUGACCACAUCCCUUACUCUGCAGAGACGCUGUCCCUAUAUCAGCAGAAUGUCCAAUGGGCUCAGACACAGGAGAGAGAGUUCCGUGUCUUCGCCACCAGCACCGAAGAGAAGAGGCUCCGGUUCAAGCCUAUGUCUUCUCAGCAGCGCGCAUUUGUCCAUGCUUUGGCUGAGGACUUUGGCUUAGAUUCAGAGAGCAUGGACCCUGAGCCGCACCGCCAUGUAGUGGUUUAUAAGACCCCCAGGUUCGUCUCAGCGCCGACAAAGACUGUAGGCGAGUGCGUCCGCAUCCGCUACAACCAGCGUGUAGCUACCACCGUCACGGCUCCGGCCACUGCCACCGAUGCAGCAAAAAGGCUCAAGGCCAGCAAUGUCGUUGGAGAUCCUUACAACGGCUUCCUACUUUCAACCCCUCGAUUUGCUCUUACCAUCGAGGAGCUACGCACCGCCAUUCGCCCCGUCAUUGACUCCGCACCGAUGGUCCAGCUCGACAUCUCUUUCCUCCCCAGCGACGAGGUUGUCCUGAAAGCCAACGCCACCCUCUCAGAGCGCGAUCUCGAGGCUGUUCUCAAGAACAUCAAGGCAGGCCUCGCCCGUGAGGUCCGCUCACACUCUCUCGGUAGCAUUCAACUCUGUCGAGUCGACGCAAGUUUGAACAUCCUUCGCCGCGAGACGGACAGCGCUGCCAAUGGAGGGUGGAGUCAGGUUGCAGCAAAAGCGGCAGCUCCGGCAAGGAUGCGUCCGCAGCAGUCUGCAAGGGUCGGCUCGAACAGCUUCACGGUGUUGAGCCUGAGCAAUAAGAGCAAGGAGAGCAGAGAUAAGGAAAAGAGUAAGAAGAAAGCGGUCGAAGAGGCGGUUGAUGAUUGGGAGGCGGCCGAGACCAUGGAGGAAGAGAAGGAGAAGCUGGAGAGCGGAGACGCAAGCAAGGUGGCGAGCGGUGCGGUUACGGAGGACGAGGCGGAAACAACCAAGACCGAGGCAGACAAUGGGGCGGGGGUUGGGGUUUCGGAUGCUGGUGAGCAGGCUGCAGGUCUUGAGGGGGAAAAUGAGGCGAAAAACUAUGGGGACGUCCCCGUUUAA